AUGGCCUUCUAUGGGAAGCUUUGUGCUCUCUAUACCUACUUGUUUUGUAUCAUUGUUCCUAUUGGGGUCCUCGUUGCCUAUUUUGUGAUGUAUUGGCAUGAAAUGCCCCUCACCAACAAGAUUGUCCAACCAAUAAUCCCAAUCUUCUUUACUGCUGUUGAUUUGCCUCUCUACAAAGCAUGUUGGAAGACCAGUCUGCAGUCAUAUUGGGAUCAAGACUUUGGGAAAGGACACAGCAACGAGGAUUUCCCCAGCUCCAAGGCAAUGACAGUGGAUAUGACCUUGAUGGACGCAAGGACGCCCCUUGCUACCCGUGCCUCUGUCCUUCGUUUGGAUUCCUGCACCUCUCUCAUUGAUGGCUCCGAUAAAGUUGACCAAGAUUUUGAUGAUGACAGGGCCGAAUACGAUGUCUAG